UUAUAAGAACGGAAAACAGAACUAGCUGAGGAGGAGACGGUGACUCUGAAGGUGAAAAAUGGCCGUGGGCAAAGAAGAAGUGGAGAUACUGAAACCCCGUACGGACAAGAGGGGCUAUAGGAGAAUCGUCCUCCCUAAUCGUCUCGAAGUUCUCCUCAUCAGUGAUCCCGAAGCCGAUAAGGCUGCUGCUUCCAUGAAUGUCAGUGUUGGCUCAUUUAGCGAUCCGGAGGGUCUUGAAGGUCUUGCUCAUUUUCUUGAGCAUAUGCUGUUUUACGCAAGUGAGAAAUAUCCUUUGGAGGACAGUUAUUCAAAGUACAUAACAGAGCAUGGAGGUAGCACUAAUGCUUUUACAUCUUCUGAGCACACAAACUACUAUUUUGAUGUCAACAAUGACAGUUUUGAAGAAGCUUUGGAUAGAUUUGCACAGUUCUUUAUUAAACCAUUGAUGUCACCUGAUGCUACUAUGAGGGAAAUAAAAGCUGUUGAUUCUGAGAAUCAGAAAAAUCUAUUAUCUGAUGCUUGGAGAAUGGCUCAGCUUCACAAACAUUUGUCUGCAGAUAGUCACCCAUAUCAUAAAUUUAGUACAGGAAACUGGGAUACAUUGGAGGUCCGUCCAAAAGCAAAAGGGCUGGAUACACGACAUGAGCUUCUUAAAUUCUACGAGGAAAACUACUCAGCAAACCUUAUGCAUCUGGUUGUAUAUUGGAAAGAAAGCCUUGAUAAAAUUCAAAGUCUGGUGGAAAACAAAUUCCAGGAUAUUCGGAAUACUGAUCGAGGCUGCUUCAAUUGUCCUGGUCACCCAUGCACAUCGGAACAUCUUCAGAUUCUUGUCAAAACUGUCCCCAUAAAGCAAGGUCACAAGUUGAGAAUUAUAUGGCCCAUCACUCCAGGAAUUCGUCAUUACAAGGAAGGGCACUGUAGGUAUGUUGGCCACCUUAUUGGCCAUGAAGGAGAGGGAUCAGUGUUUUACAUCUUGAAGACCUUGGGAUGGGCUACCGGUUUAUCUGCAGGUGAAGGGGAUUGGACUUAUGAGUUUUCUUUCUUCACAGUAAUUAUAGAUCUUACUGAUGCUGGUCAUGAGCACAUGGAAGAGAUUGUAGGGUUACUGUUCAAAUACAUCUUCCUCUUACAAAAAUCUGGUGUCAGCAAACGGAUAUUUGACGAGCUCUCAGCAAUUUGUGAGACCGUCUUCCAUUAUCAGGACAAGAUUCCUCCUAUUGAUUAUGUGGUUAAUGUUGCAUCGAACAUGCAGCUAUAUCCCCCAAAAGAUUGGCUAGUGGCAUCAUCAUUGCCGUCUAACUUCAGUCCAGGAACCAUUCAGAUGGUAUUAGAUGAGCUUACUCCAAACAAUAUCAGAAUAUUUUGGGAAUCAAAGAAGUUUGAAGGACAUACUGACUUGGUUGAGCCAUGGUAUGGAACUGCAUAUUCUGUUGAGAAAAUUACAGAUUCCAUGUUACAGAAAUGGAUAGAGACAGCUCCUAAUGAAAAUCUACAUCUACCAGUACCAAACAUUUUUAUUCCCACUGACUUGUCAAUUAAAGAAAUGCAAGAGAAGGGUAACUAUCCACUUCUGUUAAGGAAGUCAUCAUUUUCAAGGUUAUGGUAUAAGCCUGAUAAAUUGUUCUUCACCCCCAAGGCAUAUGUUAAGAUAGAUUUUAACUGUCCUUAUGCAAGCCACUCACCAGAAGCAGGAGUUCUUACUGAUAUUUUCACGCGGUUGUUAAUGGAUUACUUGAAUGAAUAUGCUUAUGAUGCUCAAGUUGCCAGUCUUUAUUAUGGUAUAACCCACACAGAUACCGGGUUUCAGUUGAUUGUGGUUGGUUAUAAUCACAAAAUGAGGAUCUUAUUGGAAACAAUUGUUGGAAAAAUUGCUCAGUUUAAAGUAAAAGAAGACAGGUUUGCCGUGAUUAAGGAAACUGUGAUGAAGGAAUAUCAAAAUUUUAAGUUCCAACAACCAUAUCAGCAGGCUAUGUACUACUGCUCCUUAAUAUUGGAGGAUCACUCAUGGCCUUGGAUUGAAGGACUUGAAGUUCUUCCUCAUCUUGAAGCCGGUGAUCUUGCAAAAUUUUCACCUGUGAUGCUUUCAAAGGCCUUCUUAGAAUGUUAUGUUGCAGGGAAUAUUGAUUCAAAUGAAGCAGAAUCUCUGGUCCAGCAUAUUGAAGAUGUUCUCUACAAGGGUCCCAUGCCCAUAUGCAAACCAUUAUUCCCAUCUGAGCAUUUAACAAAUAGAAUUAUUAAGCUUGAAACAGGCAUAAGUCACUUCUACCCUAUUGAAGGCCUAAACCCAAGUGAUGAGAACUCUGCCCUGGUUCAAUACACUCAGGUUCAUCAAGAUGAUUUGUUGUUGAAUGUCAAACUUCAGCUUUUUGCACUUGUUGCAAAGCAACCAGCUUUCCACCAGCUUAGAUCAGUUGAGCAACUUGGGUACAUAACUGUGCUUAUGCAGAGGAAUGAUUCUGGCGUCCGAGGUGUGCAAUUUAUAGUCCAAUCCACAGCAAAGGAUCCAGGACAAAUAGAUUUGAGAGUCGAGGCAUUUCUUAAGUUGUUUGAGAGCAAACUUAACGAAAUGACCAAUGAUGAGUUCAGGGACAAUGUAAAUGCGCUGAUAGAUAUGAAGCUUGAGAAGCAUAAAAAUUUGCGGGAGGAAUCUGCAUAUUACUGGCGAGAAAUUGUUCAUGGCACCCUCAAGUUUGAUCGUAGGGAAUCUGAGAUUGCAGCAUUAAAGCAGCUGAGCAAGCAGGAAUUGGUAGACUUCUUCAAUGAAUACAUAAAAGUCGGAGCACCUCAGAGAAAGGUGCUUAGUGUACAAGUUUAUGGAGCCUUACAUUCUGCUGAAUGCAAAGAAGCCAAAGGGGAACAAAGUCAGUUGCCAUCUGUUAGAAUUGAUGAUAUUUUCAGCUUUAGAAGAUCACGACCUCUGUAUGGUUCUUUCAAAGGAGGCCUUGGUCACAUGAAACUGUAAAUGUUUCACCCAAGCUGUUGGCACAGAAUGGACAAUGGACUCAUGGUUGGGCUAAGGUUUUUAAAGGC